AUGUCUCCAGCAUUGCGCGAUCCCGUUAGGACUUUAUCCCGCUCGUCUUUAAGGCUUAUUCCAAACAAGGUAACAGCCAUUCUCUGUGAUGUCGAUCGUCAAUCAAUUGCAAGAAGCGAAGCAAGCUUGGAUGGUAGUUUGGCAUCUCUUGCCCGGACCCCUAGUCAUGAUAGUAACCUUUGUGGCGACACACCGAAUUCUUCCCCUGGAAAUGAACCCUCACCUCCAAAGCGUCUUUCAGUUGCUGCGUCCAUAGCCUCCUCGGCAACUGAUCACUCACAGGUUUUCGCAAAAUUUUGUCAGUGGUCGGGAUGUGAUUGUACCGCAGAUAUAGCAUCCGGAAGCCUCCUUUCACACAUUCAAGAGACUCAUGUCUCUCCUCAGAUCGAUUCUAAAUCUUCCACUUUCGUCUGUCUUUGGAAGGGGUGCAAAGUUUUUGGGCAACAUAGUGUCUCCUCUAAUUGGCUCGUUCGCCAUGUACAGGAGCACUCGGAAGCUAAGGGCAAACCUUUUUCCUGUAUGUUUAGUGACUGCUGCCAACGAUUUUCCUCUUCAAGUCUCUUACAGCGACAUAUUGAUCGCUAUCAUACACGAUCCAAAGUUCCAAAAUCCGCUUUUACUAAAUCUCCUACUCAAUCUCGGUCCCUAAGUAGUCGCAAAUCCCCCGAGGGAUAUAAAAAACGAAGGAGGAACGUUUAUAAAAGUAAUCAAAAUAUUCGUAAAUGUCCAGUUCGACAUCCCGAUUAUGUUGAUAAUCUAACAAAGAUAGCCCUUCAAAACCGCCUUUACUUGGAUGAACUUCUUUCUAGAAAGGUUGUGAUUGAGAAGAUAACUCGAGAUUUUGAUGGUGAUGAUGAAUCCAUUCUCCCCUGUACCCUUCGAAAUGGAAAACGACUGGAUCAAACCCCUCCGGAGAAACGUAAUUUGCGGUCCAAGUCUUUGUCUACUACUCCGGAUGAUGAUUAUCAAAUGUCGGAUAAAAUUAACCCCGAACACGUUAGGCUCCUUAUAACUAACCCUUACAUCUUUGUUGGCCAAAGGCUAAACGCGAACAGUAGGACUGAAAUCCUUGUUGCGUGGCGGGGACAUCUAAGUAAUGAGUAA